AUGGCUUCUAUAAAACGAAAAAGUUUCUCUGUUGAAGAAAAAAGUGUUAUAAUACAACGUUUAGAAGCUGGCGAGUCGAAUGCAACGAUUGCGAAGGAAUUCGGUGUAAAUCAUUCGACAAUAUCAACAAUUAAGAAAAAUAAACACAAAAUAGAACCUUUGUUCAAUGCGAAUGUUUUAAAACCUAAACGUGUGAGGUUAUCGUCUCAAGAACAAGUGGACUCGGCACUUUUACAAUGGUUUAAGCUGCAGCGUAAUCGUGGAAUACCCGUAAAUGGGCCUAUGCUUCAACAAAAAGCUACUUUUUUCGCUAAAGAGCUAAAGAUUCUGAAUUUUGAUUGUUCGGCGAGUUGGAUUAACCGUUUCAAGAAGAGACACAAUAUUGUUGCCGGAAAAAUUGCUGGUGAGUCUUUGUCGGUUGAACAGAGCGAUGUAACAGAGUGGCUAAGCAAAGUUUGGCCUAAUUUGCGGAAAAAAUUUAGUGACGAUGAAAUAUUUAACGCAGAUGAAACAGGAUUAUUCUUUAAAUUAACGCCAGAUAAAACAUUAAAAUUUAGAGGCGAAAAAUGCUCAGGAGGAAAACUUUCGAAAGACAGAAUAACUGUGAUGGUUGCAGCUAACAUGAGUGGCACGAUAAAAAAGAAGUUGUUAAUUAUUGGCAAGUCAAAGAACCCACGAUGUUUCAAAAAUGUACGAUCUCUCCCGGUAGAUUAUGAAAGCAAUCACAAAGCCUGGAUGACAUCUGAUAUUUUUAUCAAAUGGGUACGCGACUGGGAUCGUGAACUGACUAAAAAGAAUAAAAAGAUCCUGCUUCUAGUUGACAAUUGUCCAGCUCAUCCCCAGAUCAGCGAUUUGAGAAGCAUAACUCUAUUUUUUCUGCCACCGAACACAACAUCUGUAUUACAACCUAUGGACCAAGGAAUAAUUCGAGUGUUAAAAUCAAACUUUCGUAAAAACCUGGUUCUAAAAAUUAUCGCUAAUCUUGAUGCAAAUGAAAACACCAGCAGUGCCAAACAUCCGAAGAUCACAAUACUGGAUGCUAUUCUAAUGAUUUACGACGCAUGGAAUAAGCUUACAUCAGCGACGAUUUUCAACUGUUAUAGACACGCUGGAUUUGUCCAAGACAGUCUCAGUGUUGUUUCCGCCAGCGAUGACGAUGAUGAUUUGCCGCUGUCUAUCUGGGCGAGAGCGUUGGAUAAAGGACUUCCCAUGGGAAAUGAAGAACUUGAACAAUAUUCUGCUAUUGAUGAUGAUCUCGCAACUUGUGAGGAGCCGACUGACGAAAAUAUUCUACAAAGUGUUAUCGACAACGGUCAAGAUAGCGACGAUAAUGACGACGACGGCCUGGAAGAAAAUUGUACCACUCCGACUUUAUCUGAAGCUCUAAAAGCUGCAGAAGUGCUGAAUGUGUUUGUGCAUUCUAAUUUUGAAGAUGACAAUAUGAAAAAAAUGAUGUCUUGUUUGCAUAACCGAAUCCGUACUUCUUACUAUAGAAAUAAAAGCCAAAAACAAUCAAAAAUUACAGACUUUUUGCACUAG